UGGUGGCUAGCUAGCCAGUUAGCUCCUCUAGCUAACUGACUUAACUCGGGAGCUAGUGUCAUUGAGCGUCGGUUAAUUUAAAUCAUUUUCGGAUUCAUUUCAUUAUGUGAAGUAGCUAACAGGACAUUGCCAUUCUGUAUUUUUUCAUAUGGCACGGUUUAGUUGACGCUACGUUAGCUAUCUGCAACUAACCUUGGCCAUUAACGUAACCCAGAGGUCCUAGCUAAGUUAAACCAGUUAGCUAACUGUAACGUUAGCUAACUAAUUCGUUAUUGUUGUCGCGUCAGUAUCUCAAAAUGGGAAAUAUGUUACCAUAUUCCUAAAGAGUGAGACUUAGAAGAAAAGAAAAAGUGUAUUGACUUUUAUUUAUUCGUAAUAUGUGAUUGACAAUGUCUACAUUUUUCUGUUGGUGAAGUAUGUUAACUAGCUAGACUGUCUCAAGUUUCCGCGGCUUUUCACGGUCGGCGAUGCUGGCUGCGUUACUGUUAGCUUGUUACACAUUGCAUGUGGUUAGCGAGCUAGCUAGCUGUUCCUUGCCUGUACUAGCCAUUCAUUCAAUGUUGGGACAUUGCAGUAGUAAGCAGGCCAACUACUAUAGAGUGUUUAGCGAGCUGGUAAUUCUUCUGAUUGUUACAGUAAAUUAUGUCAAAUGUAGCAAAGUGUCCACUCGGUGCGUAUCAGAUACUACAGCUAGUAGUUGGUCAGCAUGUUAUCAAAGUAGCUAACUGUUCUACUAGCUAAUUUGCACUGUUCCGAUUUGAAUGUGGAGCCAUCUUAGUGCGUUAAUGACGCGGCUUUAUCAGCUUUCAGUCCAGUGUUUGAUAUAUCCGCCUGUGCAUUUUUCACUGACUAUUUGUUUGCACUAUUGUUCUGUUAUAUUGGAGUGUUAAGACUUUCUGCAUCCUCCAACAUGCAUUGCUAAACCACUCAGAACAGCUGAGUGAGGCUGGAGUUAGAUGGGAUGGACAGUAAGGGACGGUCUGGGAUGGACAGUACCAGUAAGGGGAGGUCUCUUCCCUCGAUGCCAGAGGCCCUCAACCCAGUCAGCAUGAAGCAGCCGUCUGAGCCCCUGGGGGGGAGGAAGGGUCGGGGUGGGGGGGACCUGGGGGCGGACCCGGCCCUGCUGAUGGACAAGGCAGCUGCCCAGUUGGCCGUGACGCUCCAGGACAGUGUUCUAAACAAGAUGGCCUCCCAUGGUCAUAGUCAUGAGAGGCUGAAGGACCUGACGUCCCGCAUGCUGAACGGCGACCAGGACAAGCUGCCCAAGCUGUGCCCCCCCGAGCCCCCCAUCCUGAAGGGUGCUGAGGCCCCGUCCUCCCACCCCAGCCCCCAGAGGAAGGCCACCUCCCCCGAGAUUAAACUGAAGAUCACCAAGAUGGUGUCCAAGGGGAAGCCGGGGCGCUUCGAGGCGUUCUGUGGAGAGGGGCCCAACCUGCCUACUGAGGGCCUCCUGGUUCCAGCCAGUAGGGCAGGGAGGAAGAGAAGACUCAUCAAACCCAAACCUCUGCACAAACUUUCCUCUGCCUCUAACCAUGACCCAGUUCCUGUGGAGGUGUCAGCUGCCAGUCAGCCAGAAGAUGGCACUGCUGCACCACAACAGAUGCAGCAGGCCAGUCCUCUGGUGGAUCAGAGGCAGGAGGAGGAGCUCCCUGUCCAUACAGUGUUCUCUGUGGGUGAUGUGGUGUGGACCAAGGUGUCAGGAUACCCAUGGUGGCCCUGCAUGGUCUCUACCGACCCAGAACUCAACACACACCUCAAACGCAAAGCAAUUAACAGCCAUACGUCUGGCAUCCUGUACCACGUCCAGUAUUUUGGGAACACCGCGGAGAGGGGUUACAUCUUUGAGAAGAACAUGGCCUCCUUCAGUAGGGAGGAGCAAUAUGUUGAGCUCUGCCAUGGCAACAAACAACCAUCUUCCCGGGUCGUCCACAGAAAGAGUUCCACUUCUUCCAUACCCAGGAAGCUCCAUGCCCAGUGGGUGGUGGGCAUCACUCAGGCCAAGGAAGCUGCCAGCCUGGCCCUGGAGGAACGCCUGGCCAGGUUUACCUUUACCUACGAUACUGACGGACCACACCUCAACCCCCGCCUGCUGGCUGAGCACGGCCCCGACACAGGACCAGAGCAGACAAAGGCCCAAACACCGGACCAGGAGCCAUCCAGGCUGACUCUCCUGUCUCCCAGUCCAACCAGUCCCCCGGUCCAGCCCACCCCCACAGACUGCAGCACUUCGCUGGAGAAAAAGAAGAGCGGUGGCCCCAGAAACACAGCUGAGAAACGAGGGAAACGGAAGCAGAGCACUUCAACACUGAAAACGACUACAAAGACUAAAGUCCUGGUCUCCCAUAAAGGACAAACACAGAUGCCUUCUCAGGAUCUUGUCUCCCCUAGCACAGAGACUGAACUACUUGAACCUCACAAGCAGAAACAGAAGUCCAACCUGAAACCUCAACUACCUGCCAAGACAGCGAGGAAAAGGUCCAAAGGGGUUGCCAUGACUACCAACAUGCUAGAAACCCUGUCACGUGCACCUAUAGCUAAGAAAGGUACCAAGACCUGUCCCGUUAAAGAACAGCGAAAGGCAGAACCUAAAGGUAAGAAGGAUCCUCAGAAGAAGAAGCAGCUGCCUGGUAAACAAGCUCUAGAGAUCGAUGAGGACAAGGACCAACAACCCAAGAAGAUACGUGGAGUUGGCGCCAAACAGAAGGCUGUGGCAGCAGACUCCUCCGCCCCCACGAAGAAGAGAAACAGGAAGAUGACGGAGACGGAAGUUAAAGGAUUCAUUAGUUCUAAAUCGCCAGAGAAAGAACCAGAGAAGACAAAGCCAAUCAUGAAGAGGAGGCUGGACUCAGCCAGCCAAUUAGCAGCCUCCCAGACCAAGAAGAGGAAGCGAGCAGCAGCCAGUCCUGAGCCAGAGGGUUCUGGCAUUGAGGAGCGUCCAGAGUCCCCCAGUGACAGCGUAGACCAGGCCAACGGGGCCAAGAAGACCAACGGAGGAGCCCCCAAGAAGGAAUCUGUCUGUCAGGUGUGUGAGCAGGCUGGAGAGGACGUGGUGCCAUGUGAAGGUCUGUGUUGUGGGUCCUUUCACCUCUCCUGUCUAGGAUCCAUCCUCCAACCACAGGACAGGCUGCUCUGUCCAGACUGCACCUCAGGGGUGCACCAGUGUUUCAGCUGUAAGCUGUCGGAGGGCCAGGUGCAUCGCUGUAACGUGCAGCACUGUGGGAAGUUCUACCAUGAAGCCUGCGUCCGGCCCAACGCCCUCACGGUGUUCGACAACAAGGGCUUCCGCUGCCCCCUCCACACCUGUCUCAGCUGCCACUCUAAACCCAAGGCUACCAAGGGUAAGCUGAUGAGGUGCCUGCGAUGUCCGGUGGCGUACCAUACAGGAGAGGUGUGUGUUGCGGCUGGCAGUGAGAUGUUGACCCCCACCACCAUCAUCUGCACCAACCACUUCUCGCCCCAGAAGGGCUACAGCCAUCACUCUCACGUCAACGUCAGCUGGUGCUUCGUCUGCUCCAAAGGUGGCCAGCUCCUGUGCUGUGAGUCGUGUCCAGCAGCGUUCCAUCCAGACUGUCUGAACAUCGCCAUGCCGGAUGGCAGCUGGUUCUGUAACGACUGCCGGGCCGGAAAGAAACCCAAAUACAGAGACAUCAUCUGGGUCAAACUGGGCAUCUACAGGUGGUGGCCUGCAGAGAUCCAGCACCCUCGGAACAUCCCCACCAACAUCCAGCACCUUCGCCACGAGAUCGGAGAGUUCCCAGUCUUCUUCUUCGGUUCUAAGGACUACUUCUGGACGCACCAGGGCCGAGUUUUCCCCUACAUGGAGGGAGACAGGGGCAGCAGGUUCCAGAAGAAUGGGAUAGGGAAGGUCUUCAAGAACGCGCUGUUGGAGGCGGAGCAGCGCUUCAAGGAGAUCAAGAUGGAACGGGAGGCCAAGGAGGCGCAGGAGAACAACAGGAAACCACCUCCGUACAAAUACAUCAAGAUCAACAAGCCGUGUGGCCGGGUGCAGGUCUACACAGCCGACGUGUCGGAGAUCCCCAAGUGUAACUGUAAGCCCACGGAUGAGAAGCCGUGUGGGUUUGAGUCAGAAUGCCUGAACAGGAUGUUGAUGUACGAGUGCCACCCUCAGGUCUGUCCCAACGCAGAGCGAUGCUGCAACCAGGACUUCACCAAGAGACACUACCCAGAAACUAAGAUCGUCAAGACUGCUGGAAAGGGCUGGGGUCUGGUGGCACUACGGGAUAUUAAGAAGGGUGAGUUUGUGAAUGAGUACAUCGGAGAGCUGAUCGAUGAAGAGGAAUGUCGCUCCAGGAUCAAGUACUACCAGGAGAAUGACAUCACUCACUUCUACAUGCUCACCAUCGACAAGGAUCGGAUCAUAGACGCCGGGCCUAAAGGGAACUACUCCCGCUUCAUGAACCACAGCUGCCAGCCCAACUGUGAGACGCAGAAAUGGACGGUGAACGGAGACACCAGGGUCGGGCUCUUUGCCGUCUGUGACGUCCCUGCUGGGACAGAGCUCACCUUCAACUACAACCUGGAUUGCCUUGGUAACGAGAAGACAGUGUGUCGCUGUGGGGCUCCCAACUGUAGCGGUUUCCUUGGAGACCGGCCCAAGACGUCUGGUUUCCAGGUUGCGGAGCCCAAGGAGAAGAAAGCCAAGAAGAAAGUGAAGAAGCGUCGGACGCGUAACGAGGGGAAGGAGUCUGAGGACGAGUGUUUCCGCUGUGGGGACGGAGGGCAGCUGGUUCUGUGUGACAAGAAGAGCUGCACCAAGGCCUUCCACCUCUCCUGUCUGGACCGCACCAAGAGACCCUUCGGGCGCUGGGACUGCCCGUGGCACCACUGUGAUGUGUGUGGGAAACCAUCUGAGUCGUUCUGCCAGCUGUGCCCCAACUCAUUCUGCAAGAACCACCAGGAGGGGGCCCUGCGGCCCUGGCCCCACACCGGACAGCUCUGCUGCCAGGAGCACGAUGAUCCCUGACCCUACCCCAACUCCCUGACCUGGAGCGGACUGAGGCCUGACCGCCCCUGGGCCUCUAAACGCUCCGAGAGGCCUGACGGUUCAGGUCUAGAGACUGGGAGACGCUGACCUGCAGCAGAACAGGAACCCAACUCCAUUAUGUUUUCAAUAUGACUGACGGCACUCCUCUCUCAUCAGGGAUUUUUCUCUACAGCUCAUUCAACCAAUCAGGUCCUUUUACACUCAGCCAGCCAAUCGGGUCCUUCCACUCAGCUUGUAACCUGUUGUGUUCGUCUGUAACUCGUCUGCACUGAGAACAACACCUGUGGUAGAAAAGCACAAAGACUGCAGAGACAGAUACAGCAUUAGUCUCAUCACUCCUCUCCCCAGUAGUGUUUUAUAUGUGUAUAUAUAUAUGUGUGUGUAUAUGAAAGACCAAAAUUAUAAUACUGGAAUAUUGUUAGUGCCAGGUUGAAUCUGUUUUUAUCUGAAGUAAUAUCGUAAGACACUAUGGAUAGGUCUUGACUUACUAUAGACAAGUACAGCAUAUUGUUUUAAUUUGAACUAAUUGUUUUCAUUUGAGUAAUGCGAUUACCCACCUGUUCAGAGUUAUUAAAGCACAGAAACCUUGUGGACUGUAACCCUUCAGCUAACCAUGGUGCCCAACAUGUACCUGUGGCUUUAUACCGGAAUAAAGAGGACUUUAUUGAA